CAAAAAUGGCGACUUUGAGUAGAAUGAUGAAUAAAGCCGAAUCUUCAGUAAUCCCGCUAGCAACCAGAACUCCUUGUAGAAACUACACCUCUGCCAUCUUCACUACCCCAUUGAAGACCAGCACCGCCAUUAAAACUAUCACCGGCAAUAGUAAUCUAUUUAGAACAACUUCAAUUCCAACUCAUCGUCAGUUCUCUGCUCUAGCUAAGAAGAAACCAUAUUUCGAUGACACUCUUCUCAGAGUUAUUGAUUCUGAAAUCGUUGAUGCUGAGGAGGAAGCUGGAGAUUUUGAGGUUGGUGAGGCACCAAGUGAGUUUCCAUUCAAUAUUGUGGAUAAUGAUGGAGCUGAAACUAUUACACUGACUAGGAACUAUCAAGGUGAGGAGAUCAAAGUCACAGUGUUCAAGCAUGAUCUCUCUGGUGAUUAUGAAGAGGGUGAUGAGGAAGACCAAGACGACCAGGAAGCAAAUCAAGGUGGUGAGGGGGUGGAAGAAGAAGAUGGUUCUCAGCCUGUUGAUAUGGUUGUAAUUGUUACGAAAAAAACCGGUCCAACUUUGGAAUUCGAUGUUAUGGUUGAGGCAGAUGAAAUUACAAUCAACAAUUUGGCUGUCAAGAAUCCAAAUGUUUCGGAUGAGGAUAUUGCUUACGAAGGACCUGAGUUCUCGAGUUUGGAUGCGGAACUGCAGGAAGCUUUCCACACAUAUUUGGAAGUCAGAGGGAUUAAACCAAGCAUUGCCAAUUUCUUACAUGACUACAUGGUUAAGAAAGAGCAUAAGGAAUACACUGCAUGGUUGAAGAACUUGAAGAAUUUCAUUGCCAACUAGAUGUUGCUCGAGUUCAAGAGCUUUUGAAGGUUAAAUACUCUUGCGCAGGGUUCGGAAAACAGAUUGUGUGUUCACAAAUGAAUGUUUUUCUGGUGUUGGACGAUGUUUACUAGAAAUUGAGAGACAAAUACUGGGGUCUGUUGCUGGUGUUGGUCUGUUUAGUGUCUGCAGAUCAUGGUUAAAUACAGGCUCGAGCUGUGCAGGUUGUGGUGAUGUGCAAUAGCCGAUAGAAGGUGCACUUAGCCGCGUUGCAUAAUCCGUUAGGAGAUUUGGUUAGUGCUGUGGAAGAUUUGGUCAAGGCUAAACAAAAAGAACAUAACCAGCUGCAGCUGCUUGACCGCACCGUUUCCUUGCUAGUUUGUUGUGUGUUUGUGGGAUGAGUACAAGGGUUGUUUCCAACGGAUGUGGCGUUAAUUAGAAACUAGUAGGGUGAGCUAACUUGGGUACCAAUUUGUUUCAGCAUCGGAUAGAGUUUGUUAUGACUGCAUAACAUGUCAAGAUCAGAUUUGGUUUUUAGUCUGUUG